GAGAUCCAUAACUGCCAUUUUUUAAAUUUGUACAUCGCUUUUCGUUUCGGCUUCUGGUUAAAUUAAAAAUGCGAUAUCAAAGUAAAGUGAAUAUGGAAUAAGUCCUGUUGAUUAACUGUUCAUAUUGUGUUUAAUUUUAAGACUGCAGUUUGAACUUUUAAAAAAGUUUUACUGGUGUUGUGUAUCGUUUUUUAGUGCAACACAAAUGAAAGCGUCAAAAUACUCUUAAAAACUCUUAUCGCACACACCAACUAAUUACUAAACCAAUAAAUAAUACAAUGGCACCGACAAAAACGUAUGGCCGAGGCAAUAUAAGCAUAGUCAAACCUUCAGACGCUUAUAAUUCGCUAUUUUUGAAAACACCAACGUUCAAAAAAACCAAGAGACGAAAGCCGAAAAAGCGACUGCCACUGAGAGAAUUACCCAUUAGAAAUAUUAGGAAUGAUAACUGCUUGACGGCUUUAACGAGUGAUAAUUCUAUUCAUAUUCACGUUUCGUUGGAUAAUACUUUCGAUAAGCUACUAAAGCAAGAUAAGCCCUUUAUUGCACCGAAAAAUACAAAUGAAAACUCGAACAAGAAAAAUACCUGUGAGGGAUCUUCGAGUUCUGGAUGGAGCUGUUUGAGACAGAAAGGUGAUACUCAAAUUAGUGUCCCCGGUUUAGAUGAUACAUGGGACUUCCAGUCGAAACAAAAACAUAAACCGUUCGAGAUAUCGUUCAGCUUCUUUACCAAGUUCCCCAAAAAUGUAGAGCAUUUAUUCGGCAAGGAUGAAUCCAGCUUAGGUAUAUCAUGUGAUAAAUUUACGCAAAAUUUACAUAGCAAUGUUAAAAAGUUUUGCAGUACGCCCGUUCAGUUGGACAAAAAAAUCAACAAUAAAAAGACUGAAAAUAAAUUUUGUAGUACCCCGGUUCAAGUUAACGUGAAGAGCAACAAACAAGAAAUAUCAGAAAAAUCUUUGCUGGAUAUUAGCAGCGUUAUUUCUAAUAAAAAAGAUACUGAAGGUAAUAAUUUUUGUUGUAAUAUAACCAGAAGUUCUUUGAGAAGCUGCAAAAAGUCUAUACAAGAUGAUACAAGUCUACACAAGAGCGGUGAAAAUGUUUCAUUGAAUGCAGCUAGUGCCGUCGAGGAAGGAUCACAUCGCAACAAAGAUCUGGAAAUAGUUAUAAAUUCGCCUAAAAUAUCUCUUAAUUCAAGAAAGACCAACAAUCUAUGCUUUUCCCCUGAUCUAUUUUCAGAUGAUCAAGAUGAAGAAUUUCAUGGUUUUAUUAAUAACCAGUUUCAUUAUAGUUCUUCUAAACAAGUAAACUUUUUAGAAACAUUUAAUAACGAGUUAUCCAAAUUAUCACAUACAGAUGACGAGGAAAAUUUUGGAAACACAUCAAAAAUCCAUAAAUUUGAAUGCAUUAAUGAUUUGAGAGUAAAUAUAACUAAAAUGUCGCUAAGAAGUUCUCAACAUUCUAAAGUAGAUAUACCUUCAAGUGCAUCCAGCUCACGAUAUUCGAGCGGAGAAGAGUCAUAUAAUCAAUUAGAGAAUCAGUCGGAGGAAUUAUUAAGUACAUUUGGCCGAGAACAAGGCACUAACUUUGCAAACAAAUCAAGUAUAAUUAAACCUGAGCCCAUUAAGGAGUUGAGAGUAAAAAUAACUAAAUCCUCCUUUGAUCCGAGUCAAUCUGAAGAUGAAUUAUCGAAUACAUGUAGUUCCCAAUCUGCUGGUGAAAAUGGGCUACAUAACGAAUUGUUUAGUACAUUCGAUCAAGAUGAAUAUGGUCAGUCGCAAAAAUUGUCUAUUCACAAGAACUUGAAAGUAAAACCUUCAAUAUUACGCAUAAAUUUAACCAAACUAAUUGAUCAUGAGGAAGAAGUCGUAAGUGGAAAUUCUGGAAGUUACGUAACAAGCAGAAGGAAACAAAAAUUAUCAUACGAUCAAUCCAAUAGAACCGAUUACCACUCUAAUUCCAUCGAUCUUUCCGAUUCCCAUGAUACUAUUAGUACAAUUUCCAGUUCAGUUACAAGGAGUUUACAAGAAGAAAACCUUAGUGAUGAUCACGAAGAAAUAAGCAAUUCAUCCGAUACAUACAGCCCAAUUAAUUACCGGAAGCGUACAAAUCAAAUUGUUUUGCAAUCCAGCCUGGAAGAGUCCAAUGAACAAGAAAAUAGUCUACUUAGCUUGUCUAAUAACAUUGCUGAUCAAACUAACGUUUUGGAACAUAUCAAUGUUGAUUGUGAAGAAGUACAGCAUGAUGAUGAACGGAGGACCGAAGUUGGUAGAAAGUUGGUUAAAAGUGAAGAUGAACCUGCAUUGAACGGGACUGUUCAAAAGAUCGACGACGACAAAUUUAGUUUAUCACAAGCAAAAUCUUUCGAUCUCAAUGAGAUUGAAUGUGAUAAGAGCGUGAUUUUGAUCGAUUCCGAGAGUCCUAUUAAACUCAAGCCUGGUAAAGGAUGGAGAAGAUCUCUUUGCUUGUUCAAGAACAAAUGUGGGGUGAAACUAAGCCAAGAAUCGAAGUUAAAAAUUGGGAGACCAUCAUUCCUGCCAUGUAUCGAUUGUUCUGAUAUCGUACAGGAUGGGAGCUUGAGUGAGAAUUUGAAGAGAUUGUCUGUUGUUCCUGGGGAGAGUGCAGAAUUAACUUCCGGCACUCCGCGAGAUAUAGUUUUAAGAAGAUGCCAUCAGAAGUCUCCAAUGAAAUUUUCUAAAUGCUUUUCGAAUUCUAUUCUGAAAAAUUGUCAAAAAAUUGGCGAAGGAGUAUACGGGGAGGUGUUUUUGUUAAGAAAUCCCAAAGGUGGUUUAACCGUGCUUAAAAUAAUACCGAUAGAGGGAGACCUAUUGGUAAACGGAGAGAGGCAAAAGAAGUUUGAGGAAGUUAUGUCUGAAAUAAUAAUAGCCAGCGAAUUAAGCAAUUUGAGAGUGAGCGAUCAAACCGAAGAAAACUUCUUCACUAAAAUUCAAAAAAUCCAAUGCAUACAAGGAAAAUAUCCCCAAAGGUUGAUCGAUCUGUGGGAUGAUUUUGAAGAAACAAAGGGAACUGAAAACGAUUCUCCGACACUAUUCAAAGACGAUCAAUUGUACAUUGCUUUCCAAAUGUCAUUUGGCGGCAAAGAUUUGGAGGCAUACGAAUUUAGAAAUGCCAAACAGGCAUUUUCUGCGAUUUGUCAGGUGGCAGUUGGUCUAGCAUUGGCCGAAAAGCAACUAAAAUUCGAACAUCGCGACCUUCAUUGGGGAAAUGUGUUGAUAGCCGACGAACCGGAUAAGAAAAAAGUUUUCUCUUUUCACAUAGAAAACAAACAUUACAAAAUACCAUUAGAAGGGAUCAGAGUUUCCAUCAUAGAUUUUACUCUAUCGCGAAUCGAUUGUAAUGGUGUGACCAUUUAUAACGAUUUAAGCGCAGAUCCUGGUCUAUUUGCCGCGCACGGAGAUUACCAAUUCGAUGUCUACAGAUUAAUGCAAAAGGCUAAUAGGAAUAAUUGGACGAGCUUCGAGCCGUUCACUAACGUCUUGUGGAUGCACUAUUUACUGGAUAAGUCCAUAAAAGGCUUUCGUUACAAAUACCCUAAGAGCAAUGUACAUAAGAGUCAUAUCGAGAAAUUGAAAAGUCUGUCUGAAGUUGUUUUAAAAUGUAAAAAUGUUGAAGAAUUUUUAUGUGAACAUGUAUUAUAAAUGUUUUAUUUCAAAUUUUAAUUU